UUUUGUUUAUACUACUUAUGACCUAUUAUCCGCGGAUUUUGACUGUAAUAAACACUCCUUCCAGUAGAGGGCAGCUUGUAUUACUGAAAUCUAUAAAGCAUUUUCUCCAGCAGGGGGCAGCGACUCAAAAUAUGAGCACUUCCGGUCGGACGGUACUUGAACUCUUACAAACAAAACCAUGAGGACACAAGUUUAGUGUCAUAACCUUCCCUGAAGACAAAAACAAACCAGUCGUCAUUUGAAUGCUGUGCCUUAUAUUGUCUGCUUUUUAACCCAGGACAUUUGAAGCCUGUCAAACCGGUCAUGUCAUUCCUUCGGUUAGCGGCUCGAAGCUGCAGAACUCUGACCGAUCUUCGUUGUCCGCCUGGCGGCUUCAUUAUUUCCAGAAACAGCGCUUCAUACAUCCAGGGCCAGAGUCCCGAACCCCGCAUCAGGGAGUAUUUUUACUACAUUGACCAUCAAGGACAGCUUUUUCUCGAUGACACUAAAGUGAAGAACUUUGUCACCUGCUUUAAAGAUAAACAGUUCUUGGUUUUCUUCUUCAGUCGCCUGCGGAUAAAUCAGAGCGGGCGUUACGAGGAGGAUUUUCCAUUCCUGUCUCUGUGCGGUAGAGAGAGGAACUUCCUGCGCUGCGACGACAGGCCGGUGGUUUUCACCCACCUGCUGCCGAACCCAGCAGGAGACCAGGAGCUGCUCUCGUAUUGUGGUGGCGCAGAGAAGCUCUCUGUUCCUUUCCAACCAGAGGCGCUGUACAUGCAUCCAGUCAGCGGUCGGGUUUAUCAUCCUGGACUAGAGCGCUCGGGCGGGGUCGGACUGGUCAGGUCGUCCCUGGCCAUAGAGCUGAGUCCGAGCUUUGUUUAUCCACCAGAGAGUGGCCAGUCUGGACAGCCCACACACUUUCUGUGGAAAGGACAGGAGCACAGACUGACCAAUGAGCUGGCAGGAUGCUUCCCAGCAGUAGAGGAUGGCAGUGGACAGCAGGGGAAUCUGAGAUGAUCUUCAGAACAGUUUAUAAAAUCUAAAGUAUCAGUUUUUGUCUCUGGCAAGUUAAAAAACUGCUGCUGUAGUUCAACUCUAUGUGUUCAUGUGAGAGAACAGUACAGUCUGAUGAGAUUGCAUCUCGUGUUGCAUCGUUCUGCUUCGAGUUUGGUUUUAAUCAAUAACAAUCGCCAUGUGAAAAUUAGAAAAAAAUGGAGGUUGUAUAUUCUCUUUUAUCUUGCUUAUUUUAUGUCCUCACAUUGUUGUAACGCAACAAAAUUACUGCUUAAUGUCGCAAAGGUCGCCAAACAAGAAGUGAACUGAAGUGUAGACUAGAGUAUAACAAAAGAAGAUUCAAGUAGUAUAUUAAUUACUGUUACAUUUAAUAACUUAUUUGAACAAAAUAUGGCCAUGUUGGUGAAAGACUGGGACAAUAAAUUUGUUGCCAGAUGCA